AUGGAGUAUGUGGAGAACGGAAGUUUGGAGUCACUCUUGCGCAAGCACGGACGCUUUCCCGAAUCGCUCGUGGCUGCCUACAUGGCGCAAGUGGUGGAGGGCUUGGCUUUCCUGCACGAUCAGUGCGUUAUUCACCGAGACAUCAAGGGAGCCAACAUCCUCAUCACCACCGCUGGUCACGCCAAGCUGGCUGAUUCGGUGUGA